AUGAUAGAUAGUAGUAUAUUCGAAAAAAGUUCAUCAAUUGGAAAAUCUCAUUAUUCUGAUGCGGGAGGUGUUAUAUUUACUACAUUUUCACAAUUAGUAUGUGAUAAUGUUACGUUUUUAAGUAAUGUUGCUUCCAUUGGAGGAGCUAUUGCUUCAAUCUCCACUAAAUUAUAUCUUAUUACAACAAAAUUUACUGAAAAUAUGGGAUUAAAAUACGGUGGAGCCUUAUAUUAUACAGGUUCUGAGAGUGAUCUUCCUAGCGAUGUCUUGAUAAUCCAAAAUUCAAACUUUUCAAAAAAUGUUGGACUCUAUCUUGGAGGAGCAGUCUUUUUAUAUAAACCAUCGGAAUGUUCUAUUUCAAAAUGUCAGUUCUCAUCAAAUGAGGCGUCAAUUAGUGGUGGUUGUAUUUUUGCAAAUUAUGCAAAGCUUUACGCCAUUUUAUGCAGAUUUGAAUCGAAUAUAGUCCAUAAUAUGAAUCUUGAAGUAAUCAAGAAUGCAAACCUUGGAACAAAUGCCAUGAUUCCAAGAGGUGGUGGCAGUAUUUCAUUUGGAGCAGCAAAUUCCAAGAAUACGUAUGAGUUAUUAACUCAAGAAUGUUGUUUCAUUAAUAAUUCUGUAACUAAUGGUAUUCUCUUUGCAAAUGGUAAUCCAGGUGAUAAUGUAAUUCUAGAUGGAAGCGUCAUCUAUACUUCAAAAGGUGAUAGCAUCGAUAUAAAGAAGAUCAACACUGCAAAUAGUCGCUAUUCAAUUAUAUCGAAACCAAUAGUUACAUUAAUUGAUAUUGAAAAUGGAAAUGAUAAAUGUAAUUACUCUGAUGAAAAGAAUGGUAUUGUUGUGAACUAUUCUCAGCCAUCUCCAUCGAAUUCUGCAAAGGAAACAAUUAAUCAGAUUCCAUCUCCAACAAAAUACACAUAUGUGGCCACCCCAAUAACAAGGCUUUCUUUCCUAAUAUACAGUCCUGUGAAUCCAUCUAAGAAGUUAAAUAUUCCCAAUAUUUCAAUUCCAGAAUAUCAUCCAAAAAUAAGUCCCAGAGAAAGCUCGUCCUCAAAUGAUUCCACGUGUUCUUCAUCUUGUUCGAUUUCAUUAACAAGAAUUGAGACAGAUACAUAUACUCACACUAACCAAUGUAAUGGAAACACUAAUUUUACAAUUUUCACUUGGAUAAAAACGGAAACAGCGAUAUCUACUUACAUUAAUAUUGUGACAUCAGAUGGUAUUGCAAUUGAUGGUGGAAGUCUAACUAAGAACAAUAUACCAUUAAUUAUUGGAAUUUCUGCUUGUGUCCUUAUCAUUUUGAUUGCAAUCGGAAUUACAGUUGCGAUAAUUUACAAGAAGGGCGAGAUCACUAGUUCUAGUACUGAGACCUAUGACAAUGUUAUGAAAGUCGAACAAGUUAACUACAGUAAUGAUUUUACUAGAUAUAUUACAAAUGUAAACCCAUUAUUCAGUACUCAAAUUACAGGAGAUGAUGAUCCCUUCAGACAGGACUUUGAAGAGAAGAAUGAAGAUGAAAAUGUAAUGAUUCUUGGAGAUUUGACUUUUGGAGCAAGUGAUUCUGUAGAAAAUAAAAUAAGCAUUUAA